AUGUCUACUGAUAAAUUGCAUAAAUCUGAUGAAUGCGCUCAAAUUGAACAACAAGUAGUUAAAGAAAAACUAAUUGAAGAUGAUUACAAAGUCAAAUUACAUGAUGAUGAUGAUGAAGUCUACAAAACUCUAACAGAUCCUGUCUGUGAAAAAUCAAAAUUAUCCGAUGUUUGGGAGACUAGUCAUACACCGCCAUUAGAAUCAACAUUGACAAAAAGUCCAAUGAAAUCUAGUAAUACAAAUUUAGACGACAAAAUAGGUAGUCAUGACGAUCCUGGUAUUGAUGAAGACAAUAAACAUAAAUUAUCAUCUAGUAGUGAUCUAAUGAAAGAUAAUUCGAAUUAUCGAAUGACAGACGAUUAUGAAACCUAUUUAUCGUGUAUUGAAAAGGAUAUUUGUACAGAAUUUGAUAAUCCAAUGUAUAUACCGAUUAAAUUACCGUUAAGCAGUAAUUUAUACGUUCCAGUAUAUUAUGUACAGUCAAGUGAAGAAGCUUCACCUAAAUCACAUAAACAUAAUGUGGAUUAUAAUGAUAGUAAUAUUAAUAAUUCAACGGUAAGUCACAAGUUUAUAUUGUCUGAUGAUAAUACUUAUCUAAGAGGAAAUGAUUCACCUGCUGCUAGACUAGAAGCUGAUCAUCACAUAAAUACUAAUAAUCAGGGAUAUGAUAACUAUGUAUUACCGCACUACACAUCUGAAAUUAGUCCAGAUCACUGUGAUUUAAAGUUGUGUCAGGUAGAGAUGACAUCUGAUCAACUGCCAGUGAAUCUAAAGCAUUCAGGGAAAAAAUUAAGAUCAAAAUCCGAUAAACCGGCUAAAGAAAAGACUAUUUUCAAGAAGACUAAGUCAAAGACCGAAAAAUCAAAAGAUGAACAGUCCACGCCUAUCUCAAAGAACAAGGAACGACAUAAAGAUACUACUGGUUGUUCGCCAAGAUUAAAAAUAAAAAAGAAGGUCAGAAAUAACAAUGAUAAGGAGAAAAUCAAACGGGAGACAUCGAAAAAAGACAGUUUCAGGGAAGUAAGUGAGAAGUCAGAAGACAAUCAAGGUUUCAUCGACAUCCAAAACGACACUAUGAGCAAUAAACCUAUGCGUAUUAAAAGAGGUGGCAAAACAGCUGUCGAUAAAAAGAAAAACAGCAAGAAAUUAUUCCACAAAACGACGCCAAAUUCCAAACAAGACGACUACACAAUAAGUGUAGAACAUCAAGGAGACGACAGUGAUCUCAGGGAAAAGUCGAAAAACAAAAUCAAACAGCCGAAAAAUUGGAAAAUAUGCGUCCCUAACAGAAGUCACAAAAUAAAUAAAAACAUCACGCCAAUAAAAGUAAAAAACCAAACAAAUCAAGAAAAUCAACCAACACAAGAAAUAUACGAAACAGAUGUAAAUGAAAAUUUACCCACCACAAAAAUUCAAAGCACAAAAGAAUUCAUUAUAGAACAAGAAAACAAAACAAAUAAAAACGCAGACACAAACAUCAAACCAAAAAUCAAACUCAGAUUCCCUGAAAGACAGACGAAAUUAAAAGCAUCGAAAGCUGGUGUGAAGGUGGAGGGAGAGGGAGGUGCGAAGGUAGAUUUGGACGCCGGACUGGACGCCCACAUUGAUGGCAAAGCAAGCAAAGGAGGUAAGAAAUUCCACUGGUCUCCGAAGUUCGGGUUCCCGAAGGGUGGUCUGAAGAUAGGUGGUGGUGCCAAAAAGCCGGACGCCUCAAUAUCUGUCUCGGCUCCGACUGGUGGUGUUGAUGUCUCAGUUCCGAAACCCGAUCUCGACGUCUCCUUGGAGGUUCCUGAUGUGGAGGUAUCUGCGUCUGUGCCGGAAAUCGGCGUGUCAGGUGGUGCAGGUAGAGGUGGAGAGUUGGGAGUGACUGGACAGGUCUCGGCUCCCGAUGUGGACGUCAGUGUUCCAUCGAAGAAGUUCACCUUCGGUUGGGGCUCCAAAGGCAAGAAGGCGAAGAAGGCGAAGUUGCCGAAGGUGUCGGGAGACAUAGGUGCUGGUGUCGAUGUCAGUGGGAAGGUUGAUGUUCCGAGUGUUGAGAUUGAUUUGGUUGGUGGUUCCCCUGUUGUUUCUAAAAAAUCGCGGUUUUCUUCUCGGUUUCCUUUCUCGCGUGGCUUGAUUGUUACUAAGUCGAAAAAACCUGUUGUUCGCUUUGAUCCUACUGUUUCUCUUCCUUCUGGUGAUUAUCUGUCUUGUUCUCCUACGAAGUCUAAAGAUUCACCUUCUUCUUCUGUAGAUACUUCUUAUGAUGAUUCUGCUAUAUCUCCCGAUUUCAUGAAAUCUGUUCUUUCUGAUGAAGAGUUCAUUCCUCCUGUUGUUUCCUUUAAAUCUUCGGCCACUCACUCAUCACGUGAACUGUUGAAAUUGGAUGACAAAUCGAAGGUUAAAUCUGCCUCCAAUGACUUUGUUGACGAUGCCGUCAUAGCAGAAGAACCUGUUAUUUCCCCUGUAUGUACUACUAAGUCUUUCAACUCGGAUGCAUUUAAUGCACGCUUUUCUCCACCCGACGCCUUUCAGGAAAUCACUGAAAGCUUUUCCUCUCCUGUGGAUUCUGGAAUCAACGGUGAUGCUUCGAAUGAUGAAACAGUUUCAGCAGAAAUUGAUGAAAUUUUGAUCGUCCCUAUUCAUUGUGAUCGUGUCCUACCAAAAGAGGAUAUUUCUUCGGAAGGGUUUUCAUGUGAAGAACAUUCAGAGGUAACAAAUUAUCCUGUUAGUAAUCGCGAUGCAUUGGUUGAUUUUAAAGCUGAUUAUCAGAAUUCAGAAAGCCCACUUCACACUUCCAAGCAUGUUAAACGAUCGUUUUGGCCGCUCUCACACAAGAAAAUAGAUCUGGGUGACCAUUCAGUUGAAGUUACAAGUAAUCGAAACGAGGAAGGAAAAGAUUCAUCAGAAAUGAAAAAGCAUCAAUAUUUCAAUUUCAAAGAUAAUUCAAAUUCCAUAAAUGUCAAAGUACCGAAAAAGAAACACCGACCUAAACAUAAGGAUAAAACUCAUUCAAGGCCCCAUAUGAAAGAUAAACAUCCUAGGGAAUUACAGGAAUACAAUCAAGGUGAGAUAGCUAUUUCUAUAUCUGAACUAAAUGAUGACCUUACAUCAACCCCACGACGUUCUCCUAGUAAAUUCAGAGACCCUUCCAUUAGGAAAACGUGGCAUGGUGCACAAAAGCCCUACAGUGACUCCACAGAAAACAUCCACUUAGAUGAGAAUGAAUGCACCUUAACAGACGAAAUUUCAGAUGUGUACUUAAAGCCAAGAAAAUUAAAUAAACAUGAAAAUAGUAAUUCUAAUGUAUCAGACUUCCUACGACGAAGUGUAGUUAAUUCAGCUAAACGUCGCCCCUGGAGUACUUUGGAGUACCCACCUCCUGAAUGUCAUUUUGUCGACGAUGACUAUCUAUUUCCAGAUGCUUUAACUCCUACAAAAAUUCCAAGCUUUCGAGCAAGCAAAGAAAUAGUUUACGAUGUACCAUACAUGGAUGAUAAAGCUCUUCCAACCUAUGAACCUGAAUGGCCUUUGGGUGAAUCAAGGAGAACAUUAAUUUCUCAACUAUCUCAAAAUAGUCUUAGUAUGGUACGGAUAACAGCUGAAGAAGAAAGCAGUCUUAUAUCUCUUGAUACUAAAUUAUCUGAUGAACAAAAUGCAUCAAAAAGAAAAAGUCGAUUUACAUCACAUUUUGGUAAAAACAAUAAAAAGUCUUCAUCAACUCGUCAUGAUUCAAAACCUCGAUCGAAAAGCUCAAAUAGGCUAUUAACAUGUUCACAAUCAAAUUUUUUUUCUAAAGCCAUCACGACAACAACAACAACAACAGAUAAUCGUCUACUACUGGUGACAAAUUUAAUUUCGCCUAAUAAAAAAAACAGUUUGUCUAUUUUUGUCAUUUUGGAAAUUAUUCAAUUCAUAUUUUUUCAUAAAACAGAGCCUACAAUAUACUCAACCUUAAUGUCGUGA